GACCAUUAAUUUAAGCAGCGAUCCGCCAAAUGCUCUUAGAGAGGGGGGUUUACGGGGAAGGUGGUUGAAUGGACAGAGCGAUGACAGUUAUUUUGAAUCCAUUUACUGCCAUGGCCAAAUGUGUGCUUCAGGUAACUUUAAUCGAAAUCUCGAUCGUAAGCUUAUUUUCAUAUUAGAUUAUAGUUUGCAUAAAGGUUAUUUGCAUCAAUUUGCAAAUCACCAGGUUAUGUAUGAAUCACAGUUAAAAAAAGAAAAAAAGGUCCUGACGUUCUUUUACUCCUCACACGGAACUAACUUUUUUUUUUUUCUUUUGUGAUUACCCAGUGGUAAAAAAUAAAGUGUUCACAAUUAAUUUUUCCAUGUCCUAGGGCGACUAAAAAAAAAAAAAAUUUUAAAGUUUUUCCCCCGGAAACCCUCACAAAAUUAAUCCAGGAGGAGUACCAUGGCUUUUAGUGUGGGUGUUUUUUUUAUUUUAGUUGCGCUUCCCCUUUUUUCCAUUGUCAUUGUCUUUGUAUAUGUAUAAAGUAUCUCUCCGACGUUGACACCAUUGAAUAGACCUUUAAUCUUGAAUAAAUACUUUGAUCUUGUCGUUGU